AUGAGUGUUAAAUAUGGAGCCACGGAUGUCGACAGGAAAAUAGAAGAGGCCGACAAAGAGGCGACCACCGAAGUCGAAAUUAACUUGAGUGGGCCCUUCAAAAGAAAAUGGUGGCGGGUCAGUCAACAUAUGCUCUUUGGUCUUGGCCAUGUCUACAACGACCUUUGUGCAGCCAUGUGGUUCUCCUACAUGAUGCUGUUCUUCCAAGCAGUGCUGGAGAUGAGAUCAGCAGUUGCUGGUGCUAUGCUACUUCUAGGUCAAGUCAUAGAUGCGCUGGCGACUCCAGUCGUUGGCGUGUUAGCUGAUAAAUUUGGAAGUUUGAAAUCGUGGCAUUUAACUGGUUGUGCUUUAGUUACGUGUACGUUUCCCCUACUCUUCGUACGAUGUUGGGGUUGCUGGUUGACGGAGGAUCCCGACUACCUGGACUGGUGGAUGCCUGUCUACUACGGCGUGCUCAUCGUGGUCUUCCAAAUAGGAUGGGCUGUUGUACAGAUAUCCCAUCUCGCGAUGAUACCGGCUAUUUCGGAUAACCUUCAAGUGCGCGCCGAUUUAACUUCUAUCAGAUAUAUGGCUUCAGUGACCUCAAGUUUGGCUGUGUACCUAAUAACAUGGGUCGUGCUGAGGGCCAGCAACUACAGCACUUUUAUUGGACCAAUGGAUGACUAUAAAUUCAGGGGCGUGUCGCUCAUCAUUUCUGGCAUCGGAAUAGUGUCAUUCCUUGUAUUCCAAAUAUUCUUCAAAUUAAAACCAAAGAAGGAGGAGAAGGCUAAUGGCCACGCUGUGAACAAUGGUCAAAAUGGAAUAACGCCUUCAGUGCAAAAUGAAGAGACUGGUACUCUGGAGGUCGCCAAGUCGAAAAUUAUGUACUUUCUUCGUAUGCCGCUUUUGUAUCAAACUAGUUUAUUAUACGUUUUCUCCCGGUUAUACUGGGCUCUAAGUCUAGUCUACGUACCGCUGUUCCUAGAAGAACGCCUGGUGUUCAACCCUAGCGCUGGGUCCGAGCUGGUGGCCAGUGUACCUCUAGUCCUAUACAUAUCCUCAUUCUUCUUUUCAUUACUCUUGAAGAGUAAGAUCAACCGGUUUGGGAAUCAGGUCGCGUAUUUAGUGGGGAGCUUGCUAAGUCUGUUAAGUUGUCUAUGGAUAGCAAUAGCCAUAGAUCCAAACGCUAGUAUAGUGCAAAUAUACAUGGUCGCUACUUUAAUUGGUGCUGGCAGUUCUAUAACCUUAGUAUCCAGUCUGUGUGUGACUGCAGAUCUGAUCGGUCCCCACUCCCACCAGGGAGCUGCCAUUUAUUCCAUUGUCACUUUUGCUGACAAACUCGUGACGGGAAUAGCUGUAGUCGCCAUUGAAAAUUUCAAGUGCGAUAAUGAAUUAAAUUGUCCGCAAUACUACAGGGCAGUCCUGACAUACGCUUGUGGUGGAAGUGCAGUCCUCGGCAUGCUAUCUUUAUCAUUCGUUAAAUUUACGCCUGGACACAAAAAUGAAACGGAUUUAUAA